UAAUUUUAAUUCAACCCAAGUAUUUUCCAAGCAGAUUAUAUUUGCUUAAAUUGCUAUAGCAAUUCAAGGGACAGCCCUGCCUGAACACAACAGUUACUGUGGAUUUUUAAGAGACUCAGUUUAAGAAUUCAGGAAUUUCUGAUUCAUUCACAGGAUUUGCAAAUUCAUCAGCCCCUGAAAACUAAAGCAAAUUCAACAGGACAAAAAAGGAACAUGGGCUUUUUAAGUUCAGUAUGUGUCCUUUUCUUCUUUCUUGGAGUCAAAGUAUAUUGCCAAUAUGAAAGUUAUCAAUGGGAUGAAGAUUAUGACCAAGAACCAGAUGAUGUCUACCAAACUGAAUUCCAAUUUCAACAAAAUAUAAACUAUGAAGCUCCAUUUCAUCAGCAUACUUUAGGUUGCGCCAGUGAAUGCUUCUGUCCACCUAACUUUCCAUCAUCAAUGUACUGUGAUAAUCGCAAAUUAAAGACUAUCCCAAAUAUUCCAGCACACAUUCAGCAAGUCUAUCUUCAGUUCAAUGAAAUUGAGGCUGUGACUGCUGAUUCAUUUAUCAAUGCCACUCAUCUUAAAGAAAUCAACCUCAGCCACAAUAAAAUUAAAUCUCAAAAGAUUGAUCAUGGUGUGUUUGCUAAAUUGUCAAAUCUACUACAGCUUCACCUACAGCAUAACAAUUUAGAAGACUUUCCAUUUCCUCUUCCUAAGUCUUUGGAAAGGAUUUUUCUAGGUUACAAUGAAAUCUCCAGACUGCAGACAAAUGCUGUGAAUGGGCUUGUAAACCUGACCAUGCUUGACCUCUGUUUUAAUCAAAUUGAUGAUUCUAUGUUACAAGCAAAAGUACUUGCCAAAAUGGAAAAAUUGAUGCAGCUCAACCUGUGUAAUAACAGAUUAGAAUCAAUGCCUCCUGGUUUGCCUUCUUCACUUAUGUAUCUGUCUUUAGAAAACAAUUCAAUAUCUUCUAUACCAGAAAAUUACUUCAACGAACUUCCGAAACUUCACGCUCUAAGAAUAUCACACAACAAACUACAAGACAUUCCACAUAAUAUUUUUAAUCUUUCCAACCUUAUAGAGCUCAAUGUUGGACACAACAAACUGAAGCAAGCAUUCUAUAUUCCAAGGAAUUUAGAACACCUAUACCUAGAAAAUAAUGAAAUUGAAAAUAUCAAUGUCACAGUGAUGUGUCCAUCAGUUGAUCCACUACAUUACCACCAUUUAACAUAUAUUCGCGUAGAUCAAAAUAAGCUGAAAGCACCAAUAAGCUCAUACAUUUUCCUCUGCUUCCCUCAUAUACACACUAUUUAUUAUGGUGAACAACAAAGCACUAAUGGUCAAACGAUACAACUGAAGACCCAAGUUUUCAGGAGAUUUCCAGAUGAUGGUGAUAGUGAAGAUCAUGAUGAUCAUCAUGAAGGCCCAGAAGAAGAAGGAACAGAAGAAAACAUUGAUGCUAACUAUUAUGGAAGUCAAGAAUGGCAAGGAACUAUAUAGUCCCAUGGAUAGCAAGGAGAUAAAACCAGUCAAUCCUAAAGGAAAUCAACUCUGAAUAUUCACUGGAAGGACUGAUGCUGAAGCUGAAGCUCCAAUACUUUGGCCACCUGAUGUGAAAAGCCAUUGGAAAAGACAAUGAUGCUGGGAAAGACUGAGGGCAGGAGGAGAAGGCAGUGACAGAGGAUGGGAUGAUUGGAUGGUAUUACUGACUCAAUGAACAUGAGUUUGAGCAAACUCUGGGAGAUAGUGAAGAACAGAGAAGCCUGGAGGGCUGUAGUCCAUGGCGGUGCAAAGAGCUCGACAAGACUUAGCAACUGAUCAACAACAACAACAACAACAGAUUUUAGGUUGGGACAGGCCAAACCCAACAGUCUUAGGUUGGCCAUGCCAGAAAGACAACCACGUGGUUUAGGAUGGGUCAUGUAGUAUCAGUCAAACUGGGGGCAGAGUUCAACCAUGUGGAAUACUCAAUUGAUCAUGCCUAUGUAAUGAAGCCCCAGUAAAAGCUGAACCAUGAGGUUCAAUAGCACUUUCCUGGUUGGCAAUACCCAUGUUCCUUGUCAUGCAUCAAUGCUGGGAGGGCACUGAUGAGAACAUCCUGAGAACAAUACAAGUUCUAUAUGUGGAACCCUCCUAGACUCUGACUACUGUCUCUCUUCCUUGGGGUGAUAUUUAUGUGCAUCUUUUCUCUGUGAUAAACCAUAACCAUGAAAUAAUG